UCAAAAACGAGUUGCAGAGUAAACCGUAUAUGGUGUUUGAUUGGGUUUAAGACUUUGAGUGGUCCCAAAGAAGAAGAAAAAAAAGGAAGCAAUUUGCUUUGGUCCGAUAUUCUCUUCAACCUCUUACAUCUCUACUCUGGUCAUCAGCAAAAUCUCAAAAGACAAAUAUAAUAAAUUGAUGUCUCUUCAACGACCCAAUGGGAACUCGAGUUCGUCUUCUUCUCCCAAGAAGCACAAAACUGAGGAGAGUGAUGAGGAGUUGUUGAUGGUUCCAGACAUGGAAGCAGCUGGAUCGACAGGUGUUCAAAGUAGCAGCGCAGAGGACGGAAUCAACAAUCCAGAGAUUGACCAGACCCAGAACGGAAUCUCAGCCGCCAAGCGCCGCCGUGGACGAAACCCAGUCGAUAAAGAAUACAGAAGCCUCAAAAGAUUGUUGAGGAACAGAGUAUCAGCACAACAAGCGAGGGAGAGAAAGAAAGUGUAUGUGAGUGAUUUGGAAUCAAGAGCUAACGAGUUGCAGAACAACAAUGAUCAGCUUGAAGAGAAGAUUUCUACUUUGAUGAACGAGAACACAAUGCUUCGCAAAAUGCUUAUUAACUCUAGGCCUAAAGCUGAUGACAAUCACUAAGAGAAAAAGAGAGAGAGAGAGAAGAGCCCUUUAGAAUAAUCCAUUGUUUAAUGUUGUAUGAUUAUCUCUCUUUGUGUGUGUUAUUCAUAUACAGUUUUUGUUCGAACAACAUUCAAUUUGAGCAUUACUGACUCACUGU